AUGGCGACUGCCACGUCGACCGUCUCCGCGGCCUCUCCCACGUCUUUGUUGAUCAAUCCGCCAGCUGCAGACUGGGAGAUGCCAACCGCAACCCGCGACAGACGAAACGGAGCAGAGGAGCCGACGUUCCGAGGGGCGACUAUGGAAGAGGGGACUAGCACGGCAGCCCCAAUCGAGGUGAUGCCGGAAGAUCUGCCGCCGGGAAAGAAGAUGAGCGCUAGAUUGAGUCUUUCUUCCUGCCGCUUGAAGAUUCUAUCACUGAAGAAAGAGGAAGUGAUGGAUCUGCCGAAAGCAGUCUAUUCGCCGAAGAGGAAUUCGCCGGAGCUUUCGAUUGAAGAAAUACCGGAGCAGAGAGACGGCGUGGCAUCCUUGGUCGCGCGAGGGAGGGUGGCUCCGGACGAGGUGACAACGACCAAGGACGCAAUGAGGCGAGAUAAGGCGAGAUUCGGAGCGAGCUCGCCUCCUCGCCGCGGGAUGGAAUACAUGCCGGAUAAAGAGCCGGAUAAGCAAACGAAGAUGGAGGAAGGAGACGGCGACUCCUCUCUCUCCUGGGAAUCAAUGACCGACGAUGGGAAAAUGAAGGUUGAGACAAGGCCGGAGUCGGGUUUUGCUCCCCGCUGCCUGGUGCCCUGUUCGCCGCCGAGGAAGAAGAUGGCGACGAAAUUCUUUGAGUUGGCGACCAGGAGGGAGGAGGAAUCGCCGGUGAAGGCGUUGGCUGCCGGGAAAAGGAAUUUGCAGACGCCGUGUGUGGUUGCUCCAGGCGUGACGGCCGACCAACCAGUGUUUCGUUCGCGGCCGGAGGAGGAAGUGCGGAAGAGGGGCGGCGGCAGGUUCCCUCUCACGAACCCUAGCUUGACCAGCCAAGGAGAACCAGACCAAGCUUGGUUGGGAAAAAUGGGUCGGGCUAAGAUGUCUGCUGGGCCAAGAGAAAUGGGCGGAUGGGUGGGGGAAUGCUACUGCAGUUUGGGCCACAAGUUGGGAAGUUAG